AUGGCACAGGUCAACGCCAAUGGCGCGAUCCAGCGCGUGACCCGCGAGAUAGCAACACAACAGAAGGGCACCGACCUCUCCAUUGCAGUCGCAUGCAAGGACAAUGACGUUCGCCAUGUUCGCGCCCUCAUCAUCGGUCCGCCGGACUCGCCCUACGAAUUUGGCUUCUUCGAGUUUGACAUGAAGGUGGGUACCAUUACACGGCCCGGCGGCGAUGUGACGAGUGCUCAUGUUUGGGACAGUUUCCGAAGGACUACCCGAUGAAGUCACCGAGCGUCAAGUGUAUCACGACAAACGGCGGAAAGACUCGUUUCAACCCGAACAUCUACUCCGAAGGCAAGGUCUGCCUUUCCAUCUUGGGCACAUGGCGCGGGAACCCUGGAGAGGAAUGGUCCAGCGCACAAUCCCUCGAGAGCGUCCUGAUCAGCAUCCAGAGCUUGAUGAGCUCCCAUCCUUACGAGAACGAACCCGGCUACGAGACGGCCAAGAAAGAGGAGCCAAUGCCGACCGCCUACAUUGCGAAGAUUCGGCACGAGACGAUUCGUAUAUCAGUGAUUCAACGUCUUGAGGGUUUGCUGCAGCUUCGGCCUGAGAAGACCGCGGAGCCGGUCUACAAGAAGUUGAAGAGCGGUGCAGGCAAAUCCGUGCUUGUCGAGCCCCCGUACUCGCCUACUAGCCACGGCUCUUCGACAGACGGAUCUCUCACACCCAAGACCGAAGCUUCGGCAUACGAGUACGACGCGGAGGCUGCGCUCCAAGCGUUGGAUCAAGGCCAAUGGGAACCAUUCGCAGAUCUCGUCAAGCGGCGAUUUCUGUGGUACUAUGAUGCUUACAUGCGUGCGGUGGACAAGUAUGGGCGUGAGCAGAGCGACGGUACUGCGUUCACGCGCAUGGAGUUUGAGUACCCGCCCAAUAGCAUGGACGGCCACUUCGACUAUAAGGGCCUUGGGACUCGUCUUCAGGCAAUCUUCAGCAAGCUCGAGGACGAGAAGCGCAUCUGGCAGAAGCAGGGAGCUCAGCAAGUAUCGCAGGGGACUCAACUCGCAACUCAGCUGGCUUUCCAGUUCACACAAUUGAAGUACAAGUGGAAUGAGGGUCAAUAUCCUGGCUCACAGCUCCAGAUCAGUCUGCCCGACGAGAAGAAUCCGUUCGUGUGGCACAUUACGGUAUUCGGCGAAGCGAUGUCCAAUCUCGACGGCGGUAUCUUCAACUUGAAGCUUCACAUUCCACCCAGUUUCCCAGAAGCGCAGCCUCGCGUCACCUUCGAGACUCCCAUUCACCAUCACCGAGUCAGCAGCCGCGGCACUCUCUGCUACUUCCCCGAGAAAACAGACGAGAUUGGGUCUCAUGUUGCUGCGAUUGUGGCUGCCAUCGAUGACAAGAAAGCUGCGUACGAUCCUCGAGCGAUGAUGAAUCCAGACAUCUUCGACAUGUACUGGAAUGCCGAGACGCGCAAGAUGUACAACCGCAAGCUCAGGAGAAGCGCCCAGGAGUCCAGUGAGUUUUAA